AUGGAUAAACCAGGUGUACACACUAACGGAAUUCUCGUGUAUGACCCUAAAAAUGUACCUUAUGGUGCCAUACGGUUAGAACCCUCUGAAGUUUUUUCUCUACGUCUUAAAACAAUAAAAUCUUGGAACAAACCGUUGGAGGUGUUACCUCUUAAAAUUGGAUGCGAAGUAGCAGCAGUGGCCACCUUAUUUUCAAGUUUAUUCAUAACCUAUCGCUCAAGAAUGUUUUAUAAUGUGUUCACUAAAUCGGGACUUAGUUUUUCUGUGAUUCCAUGUGUACUUCUUCCUAUUGCCAUGGCACAUCAAGGUUUUACUCAUCUCGUUUGUAAACAGAUUCUUGUUGGACCUUCAAAUUCCAUGUCAUAUCCUGACUGUAGUGUUUGCUUACAACUACGUGGAGCAUUCAUAAGUAAUGUAUGUGGAUUGGUCCUACCCUUUGGCUUCAGCUUUAUUGCUUCUGCAGCCGCUGCUGUUUUAACACGAUCUUACCCCGUACCUGACCUGUUAGAUGGCAAACGCAUGUGGAAGAUGUUCAAACUCUACAGCAAUUCAUUUCGAUCCGUUGGCCCUUAUCUAAUUUUGGGUCAGACACUAUUUGGAACAGCGUUGGUUUACGCUAUGAUCGAUAGUAAUCAACGCCUACUCGAACAUCAGAAGCUUGAUCGUAGUGUGGAUUUACAUAAUCAAGAAUCUGUCAAAGACUAG